AUGACCAACCAUCUGCAGGCAAAGAAGCAACGGAUCAGGGCCGAGCCGUCAUCCGUCGCUGAGAUACCCACAAUCGUCGCGCCAGGUCUCGAUGGCUCCGAUGUCAGCCCUUCGCUUGUCGAGGACCUCCCGUCGCCGCUGUUCUUCUCCCACACUCCCCGCGACAAGGAGCCGUCUCACUCUCAGACUUUUCGCUCCCCGGACAUCGCCACCUCCAUGCUCUCCCGCAUGGAUCACAGCAUAUCCGGAGCCCUCACCACUGUCAAGCUACCCCAGCCCGCCAUCGCCUCCGCCACCACCACCGCUGCCUCCUCCAACGUCCCCCCCGUCGCCGCACCUGUCAGCACCCCCGAGAGCUUGACCUCGUCCACCGACCUGUCAGCUCCUGCUCUCACACCCGAUUCACGAUCCUCCACCUUCGGCCUGCAGGCUCUCACUGGCUUUGAUGUCCUUGAGCUCCUCGACCACGAUGCCCGCCCCACCUUCCUCAUAGACCUGGCCGAGCCCACUAUUUCCGGUAACCCCCACCUCCAUAUUCUCUUCUACAACUCGGCCCUCCGCGCAUCCUCUAGUGCCCUUCGUCUGCUCACCUCGGACCGUGCUGAGCCCUUGGCCGCCGACGACUACAGGGCCUUCAAAGACUGGGUCACGACGGACGCUAAAGCGAUCCCCCAUCACCCCUCACCCCUGCCGUACAGGUACGGUUCCUUUACCUGGACGUGCCGAACCCUUCGGAAGCGAUUUCGCGUCAUAAGCGGAAAUCCUGACCCUGUCCUGGACCACGACGAAGCUGCCGCCAACGCUGUCCUGGCCGCCGCCGAGGCGGCGGUGGAGCACCCUGUCCCGGCAUUGACACGCCGAGAUGAGGCAACUUCACCCGACUUCCUCAUAAGCCCCGGUGCCACAGCCGCUGCUGAUGAUGAGCCCCCGGACUAUUUCGGUGACGCACAAUCCGAGCUUCUUCGCCGGGCUUCAACCACGACCGCCGAUACGGACACACGCCUCUAUACAACGUCCUUGCCAGCCUGGGAGCACCCCGACGAGUUCACAAACACGGUUCUGCGGGCCCAGCCCACCAAGACAUCGUUUGACUGGACCAGGGUGCCCUUUUCCGAUGAACUUCCCAGCCACAUCAAGACGCUCCAGUCAUUUGACUGGUCCUCGACGCCUCUGGGUCCCAUCGAGGACUGGCCUCCCGCAUUGAGAUUGUUAUCCAACCUGGUCAUGGCCACACCAAACCCCUGCGCCAUGGCCUGGGGUCCCGACUUCACGGUCAUAUACAACGCCAGCUACGUCGACAUUGCCGGCCAAAAGCAUCCUGCACUCAUAGGCAGCCGGUACUCUAACGGAUGGGCCGAGAUCUGGCCCCAGGUCGAGCCCCUCUUCCAGGCCGCCUGGACGUCGGGCCAGGCCGUCAUGAAGCACGAUGUUCAGUACUUUGUCCGCCGCAACGGCUAUCUUGAGGAGGCAUUCUUCUCCUACUCCGUCAUUCCUGUUCUUGGUGAAGACGGCGAGGUCGUGGCCAUCUACAACCCUUCAUUCGAGAAUACGAGGCGCAAGGUGACUGAGAGGAGAUUGUUCACUCUGCGCGACAUUGGUGAGCGCACCGCUUCGGCCACGACGGUCAAGGGAUUCUGGCCGCAGGUGAAGAAAGGGCUAGAGUACAAUCAGUAUGAUGUGCCGUUUGUCCUGGUAUACUCUGUAGACCACCCCGAGCUGGAGGAUACGGCCCAGCUUAUCCUGGAAGGGUCUAUUGGCGCCCCGGAAAACCACCAGGCUGCCGUGCAGACAUUGGACCUGAAGACCUCCGAAGAGGGCUUUGCUCCAUAUAUGCGUCAAUCCAUGACCAAUGGAGGGAGCGUCGUCGUCCUGUCCGAGGACGACGGCACCAUGCCACACCACUUAACAACCGGUCUCGACUGGCAGGGCUUCAAGGAGCCCUGCCGUACCAUUGUUGUGCUCCCCGUCGUACCCAACACGGCAAACGAGUCGGCCGCUGGAUUCAUAGUCAUGGGUGUCAAUCCGAGACGACCCUACGACGAAGACUAUCGGCUCUUCAUAAACCUCCUCGAGAGGCAGCUUGCUACGUCCAUGGCAUCGGCAGCUCUGUUCGAGAAGGAGAUUGUGCGAGGCAGGAAAGCGGCGCAGCUCGCGGCCAUCGACCGGCAACGUCUCCUGACAGAGCUGCAACGCAAGUCGCAAGAAGCCAACGAGACCGAGUACAAACUUGACCGCAUGGCCGAGUUUGCACCGGUGGGCAUGUUCAUCGCUGACGCACAUGGGCACAUCAACUUUUGCAAUGACAGGCUGAUGCAGUUCUCGGGUCUGCAGCGCGCCGAGGACACUGCUAACGCGUGGAUGGACAAUGUUCGGCCCGAGGACAGGACCGCCCUGGAGAGUUCUUGGGCGAAGCUGCUGACGGAAAGGGUCACGAUAUCGGUCGAGUUCCGCUUCAUGCACAGCCAGCGCAACGGCGAUGCCAUGAUUGACACAUGGGCCCUCAUGAGCGCCUACCCCGAGAUGGGGCCUGAUGGAAGUCUCAACGCCAUCUUCGGCUGCAUCACCGACAUCUCGUCGCAGAAGCUAGCCGAGAAGGUGCAGAACGAGCGCCGCGAGGAGGCCGUCGAGCUCAAGAGGCAACAGGAAAAUUUCAUCGACAUAACGAGCCACGAGAUGAGGAACCCGCUGUCGGCCGUCCUGCAGUGCUCCGACCAGAUCAUGGACAGCAUAAUCUCGUUCAAGUCUCACGACGAUGAGGAGGCUGUGCGCGCGCUGCUUGAUAGCUGCCUCGACGCCGCCAACACCAUCAGCCUCUGCUCGACUCACCAGAAGCGCAUCGUCGACGACGUACUCACGCUGUCCAAACUCGACUCAAACCUGCUAGGAAUAAGCCCCAUAGACGAGCAGCCUGUCCGCGUCAUCGAGAUGGCCCUCAAGCUGUUCGAGUCGGAACUCGCAGAGCAGAAUAUCGACUUUGAGCUGAUUGUCGAUAAGAGCUUCGAGGAGCUCGGCGUGAAAUGGGCCAAGAUUGAUCCGCCGCGGCUCCGGCAAAUACUCAUCAACCUCAUGACCAAUGCCAUCAAGUUUACGCAGACACAGGAGAACAGGGCCAUCAAGGUGCGCCUCGGCGUCUGCAAGGGCGAUUCAAUCCCCGUCGAGGAUGAGGUGCACUACUUUGAUCGAGACCACAACAAGCCGGGUUCCGCCGCUGCCGGCGUUGACAGCGACGAUAUUGACUGGGGCGAGGGGGAGAAGAUUAUAAUACAUUGCUCCGUGGAGGACACUGGUCCCGGCAUCAUCAAGGAGGAGCUGGAGUUGCUCUUCAAGCGUUUCCAGAAGGCGACACCGAGAACCCACGUCCAGUACGGAGGAUCGGGGCUGGGCUUGUUUAUAUCGCGGAUUUUGACGGAGAUUCAGGGCGGUCAGAUCGGUCUGUCGAACAAGCCGGGCGGGGGGAGCAAGGUCAGCUUCUACAUCCAGAGCCGUGUGAGCGUCAACCCACCGGCCAACAUCGAGCCGGACAUGACCCUGGGCUCUCUCGUCGGACGUAAGAUUUUGCCACCAGCUACUCAGCCUCAACAGCAGCAGGAGGAAGAUGAGCAGUCGGUGGAAGGUUGGUCAGAGCCCCAGCCAGAGCCUCAGCCAGAGCCUCAGCCAGAGCCCCAGCCGGAACAGAAUGCAGCAGCAGCACCGAUCGCACCGAUAGCACAGGCGACGCAAGAGACCAGUUCGAUAACGUUAGCCAAGACGGGACCGGAGAUCAAGACCAGCAACAGCAUAUUCGAUGUGCUGAUUGUCGAGGACAACAUCGUCAACCAGCGGGUGCUCCAGCGACAGCUGACCAACUGCGGCAACACGACGUUCGUGGCCAACCAUGGCAUGGAGGCGCUGCAGACGCUGGAGCGGUCGCGGUUCUGGGCGGGCCAGGAGUCUGGUGGCAUCGACAUCUCCGUGAUCUUGAUGGACUUAGAGAUGCCCGUCAUGGACGGCAUGACGUGCGCUCGGCGGAUCCGAGAGCUGCAGAGCGAGGGGGUGAUUGUGCAGCACAUACCGAUCAUUGCGGUGACGGCGUAUUCGCGGCCUGAGCAGAUAGAGAGUGCCAAAGCUGCGGGGAUUGACGACGUCAUCUCCAAACCCUUCCAUAUCCCCGAUCUUAUACCUAGGAUUGAAGAGUUGGUGGGCAAGUACAAGGUUGUUUGA